CGACCUUGGCCCUGGUGAUGAUAUACCACACAUGGCAAAGAUUAAAUUGGCUGCCUUUCAGUCGCCCACCUCUGGAUGGCUCGUCAUCAUCGACAUGUGACGUUGAGAAUGCUGAAGAGCAGGACUCGUGGAAGAUAGCGCUCGGAAACAAAUUCAAGAAUGCAAGGAGGCAUAUGACAGGAGAUGAGCGCCUAAAGGAGAAUAGACAGAAGUUUGCCACAAAGAAGACAUCCACAAGGGAAUUGGAUGACAAACUCCGAAGGAACAAGAAGGCGAAGAUGGGAGGGAGCGUUCCAAUAACACCCUGUAUUUUGUACGAUGGGGCUGAUCUUCCAUAUGCAAGGAACCUUUCGCUCCAUGCAGACAAAGAACUCAUGUUCCGUAUGUCGAACGGUGAAGAAAGGGUACUUGUACUGAUGUCAGCACAUUGGCUCCUGAACGUAGAGUACGCCCGGAAGGCCUUCAACGUUCUUGUGACCAUGGAAUGGCUGCUACUCGGUCAGCGAUCAACCUCACCAAGAACACCAGUUGUUAAGCUGCUGAACGUUUUCAAAAAAGCUACAAAAUAGGCCUUAGCUUCCGCAGGGACAAAAUCCAAAAAACAUAUAUUGAAAACACAAAUAACUACUCAUUGCAUGAUGAAAAUAUUACUGUUAGUAUAAAUUCAAUUUUAUCGCGUGUGGUACAUGUGACACAUGUGACAAAAUCGAGUUUAUACAAAAGUAAUCUUUUCAUCAUGUAAUGUGUAGUUAUUUGUUUUUGAAUAUACAGAAAAGAUUACUGUAGUGAUACUGGCACUUCAUUUCAACUUAUUUUUUGCUCCAGUUUCUUGUGACAUGUUAUGAGUCAUUUUGUUCCUGCGGAUUUUCAGCAUGUUCUCACAGGUCUUUUUGACUCAGUGCUUUGUGACUUUUUUGCAGCAUGUAUAGUAACUUAGAUCAUUUGCUGUUGAAAUUUUAGCAUAACAAAACUGGCAGUACUUGUCAGUAAAAUCAGUGUAUCGACUAAUGUUUUGGAAUUUAUG